CUCAGGUUCAUUGCUGUGUCAAUCCCUCUGAACUACAACAGGAAGCACGUUGACCAGCGUCAGAUCAUCCUGCUGUCAGGCACCUGGCUCAUAGCCCUGGCCGUGGCUUCCCCAGUCAUGUUGGGUAUCAACAACAUCCCACACCGGGACCCCACCGAGUGUAAACUGGAAGAUGACAACUAUGUGGUUUACUCCUCUGUCUGCUCCUUCUUCAUCCCCUGUCCCAUCAUGCUCCUCCUCUACUUCGGCAUGUUCCGGGGCCUGAAGAGGUGGGAGGAGGCGCGCAAGGCCAAGCUGAGGAACAGCAUCCAGACGUGCAGGAAGCUUCAGCAUGCAGCCGCCGCCGCCGCCAUGCCGACCUCGGGGACCAUCCCCGGGCCGCUGCCCAUGCCCCUGCCCAGGAUCAUCGAGAGGGACCUGGCUCAGGCCCGGCUGGGGCUGGAGGAUACCGAUGACUAUCUGCAGCCGGACUGCCCCCCGUUCCCCUCGGCGUACAGGGAGAGGAUCAGCUCCGUGCCGUCUAUCUCCUACCAGCAGAAGCCGCCGCAGAAGAGGAAGCGAGCCAAGAUCAACGGCAGGGAGAGGAAGGCCAUGAGGGUUCUUCCUGUUGUGGUGGGUUGCUUCCUGUUCUGCUGGACCCCGUUCUUCAUCGUCCACACCACCCGGGCCCUGUGUGCUACCUGCUACAUCCCGCAGGCCCUGAUAAGCACCGUCACCUGGCUGGGCUACGUCAACAGCGCCCUCAACCCCAUUAUCUACACGGUCUUCAACACAGAGUUCAGGAAGUUCUUCAAGAAGUCCCUCCACUCAUUCAGCUGCUGCUGACGUCAGCCCCGCACCGCAGGGACAAUGGUAGUGCUAACCGUACUCUCACAGAAGGCGUGUACUACUGCACAGGCAUUUCCAAGGGCCAGGGUUGGGGUCAGUUCAGAAGGUACACAAAAAAAAAAUGUCCAAUUAUCUUCAAUGCUUUUCGGUGAGGAGAAUGUGGAAUUGUAAUUUGGUUGACUUUCUUAAUUGUCUGGGGAUGGCCCAGGGCUAAAUCUGUAUGUAUUGCUCUGGGGUGGCCAACCCUCCUCCUGGACAGCUACUUAGUGAACAGGUUUUUGCUCCAACCCUACCCUAAACAGAUUGACCAGCUGAUUCAGCAAGGAUGGAGCCAGCACACCCUGUAGAUCUCCAGGAGGAGGUUACAAGUUAAACCUUUAUUUAACUAGGCAAGUCAGUUAAAGAACACAUUCUUAUUUACAAUGGCGGCCUACCGGGGAUCAGUGUGUUAACUGCUUUGCUCUGGGGCAGAACAACAGAUUUUUACCCUUGUCUGCUUGGGGAUUCGAUCCAGAAACCUUUAGGUUACUGACCCAAUGCUCUAACCACUAGGCUACCUGCUGGUUACUGACCCAACGCUCUAACCACAAGGCUACCUGCUGGUUACUGACCCAACGCUCUAACCACUAGACUACCUGCUGGUUACUGACCCGACGCUCUGACCACUAGGCUACCUGCUGGUUACUGGCCCACCGCUCUAACCACUAGUCUACCUGCUGGUUACUGGCCCAACACUCCAACCACUAG